CCGUCUGCAUGGCCGCCCAUUCACCUCCAGAGGGCGCCGACGGCGGGCUGGGGGCGCUCUGGCCGUGUGUCUCGCUGCUCCGUGUGGGCUGCGUUGAGCGAACUUUUCCGGCUUCAGAGGAAUGGAGGAAGGAAGCGGGGGACGGGAAGCUCUGGCCGUGUGUUUCGCUGCUCCUUGUGUGCUGCGUAGAACGACCGUUUCCGACUGCAGAGGAAGGUAGGAAGGGGCGACGUGAUGGAGAGCGCAGAAGGCGGCGGGAGCUUCGCUCAUCUCGGGCUGGACGCGAGGCUGCUGAAGGCGGUGGGCGAGCUGGGCUGGGCGACUCCGACGCUGAUCCAGGAGAAGGCGAUCCCGCUGGCCCUGGAGGGCAAAGACCUGUUGGCGCGGGCCAGGACGGGCUCCGGGAAGACGGGCGCCUACGCCCUGCCCCUCCUGCAGCAUUUGCUCCGUGGGAAAGCGUCCGCGUCGGUGGCGGAGCAGGCCGUACGAGGCCUCAUCCUGGUCCCUACCAAGGAGCUGGGCCAGCAGGUGGUGCAGAUGCUCCGGCAGUUGGCUGCUUACUGUGCCCGCGACCUGCACAUCGUGAACAUUUCUGGCCAGGCGGAGUUGGCUGCGCAGAGACCCAUUUUGAUGGAGAAGCCAGACGUGGUGGUGGGGACACCAUCACGGGUCCUGGCUCACCUGCAGGCACACAGCCUCAGCCUGCAGGACUCCUUGGAAAUCUUGGUGAUGGAUGAAGCUGACCUGCUCUUUUCCUUUGGCUUUGAGGAAGACUUGAAGAGCUUGUUGUGCCACCUGCCCAAGAUCUACCAGGCCUUUCUCAUGUCAGCUACCUUCAAUGAAGAUGUCAAGACGCUGAAGGAGUUGGUGCUUCACAACCCUGUGACCCUUAAACUGCAAGAGUCGCAGCUGCCAGACAGCUCCCAGCUGAGCCAAUUCCACAUCCGGUGCGAGAAGGAGGAGGACAAGUUCCUCCUGCUCUAUGCACUGCUGAAGCUUUCGCUGGUGCAGGGGAAAGUCAUUCUCUUUGUCAGCACCAUUGACCGCAGCUAUCGCCUCAAGCUCUUCUUGGAGCAGUUCAGCAUCCCUGCCUGCAUCCUCAACUCCGAGUUGCCUGUUCAGUCCAGGUGCCACAUCAUCAGCCAGUUCAAUCGGGGCUUCUGUGACUAUAUCAUUGCAUCAGAGGAGCAGGACCUGGCAGAGCAGGAGAGGCCAAGAGAGAGGAGGAGGAGGGGAAGGAAGGGCAUCAAAGCAGGAAAGGGCAAAGACCAGGAGUACGGGGUCUCUCGUGGGAUUGACUUCCAGAACGUCUCUGCUGUCCUCAACUUUGAUUUCCCUCCUUCAGUGGCGUCCUACAUCCACCGAGCAGGCAGGACUGCCCGUGCAGACAACCCAGGCACUGCCCUGACUUUUGUGCUGCCCUCUGAGAGUGCUCUGCUGACCGUGAUUGAGGCAGCUCUCGUAGGAGACAGCAACGAGACCCCAUUGCGACCCUACCUGUUCCGAAUGGAGGAGAUUGAGGGGCUCAGAUACCGUUGCCAGGAUGCCAUGCGCUCAGUCACCAAGCAGGCCAUCAAGGAAGCUCGUCUCCGUGAGAUCAAGGAGGAACUGCUCAACUCUGAGAAGCUGAAGACGUACUUUGAAGAUAACCCCCGGGAGCUGAACCUGCUGCACCAUGACAAGCCUCUUCACCCAGCCAUCGUCAAGCCCCACCUGCGCAAUGUGCCCGAGUACCUAGUGCCUCCCACUCUCCGGGCAGUGGCGCGGACCCUUGUCAGCAAGCGCAAGCGCCAGCGCCGGAAGCCUCCAAGCACCAAGGGCCAGCAAAACCCGCUGCACAGCUUCAAGAGCGCAAAACAGACGUGGACGCCAGCCAAGCGCAGGAAGGCCCCUGGGAUGGGAGGCUCCUAACUGUGGCUUCAGAACAGGCAGUGCUUGUGUGUCGGGAUUGGGGUGUGGAGGAGUCUGGCACUGGGCACUGCUGUUCGCCAGAAUAGGAUAUUUUUACGUAUGUACGGCAGCUGUUGAAAGUUUUGUGUAGAUUCUUGAGGAGUUCUCGUUCCCCGUGUCUUGGGGGAAUAUUAAACAGAUCGUUCCUGCCAGCCUUCUCAGGGCUUGAAGGCAACAAUUGACUUUC